GUAUUAAAUUACUUCCGGGAUUAGAUAUUGAAAGUAGAAAUAAGGAAGUCAAAGUUGGCAAUAUGACUUCUGGAGUGAAGAUGGGACAAAUAGAAUGGGCGAUGUGGGCUAAUGAACAAGCCAUCGUCAGUUCUUCUAUCAUAAUACUAGGAGGAAUACUUGGAGUGGCUGGAUUUUUUAAAGGAUGGGAAAUUGGAAUUUAUGCCAUUGUAGCUGGUGUACUUGUUUUUGUAUUAGAAUAUCCAAGAGGUAAAAGGUUAAAAGGAAGAACACAAGAGAGAAUGUUUCAAAAAUACUUUACUAAACUUUUGAGUUGCUGUGGGCCUGUUUCCAGGAAUUACUUUGUUAGAUUUAUUAUGCAUUUAAUACUGUGUAUACCAAUGUGUUUUAUACUAGCUACAAUAAUGGGAGGAAUCUCUUUAUUUACAACAGCCAUGAUUUAUUUAGUGGCAGCUUUUAAAGGAGAAGAAUGGAAACCAGUAGGUUUAGAGGAAAAGACAGAGAGUACAGCUAAACUAGAUGCCAAGUCAUUCCGUCAACCAAAGAUGCCCCCUCCCAGAGCACCUCCUUCAGCCAACCAAAUCUAAUCUCAUGGGUUGAAAGGAUUUUACGCAAGGGUAUUUUUGGACAUAUGUCUCCACAAAGCAAUAGACAUUCUCAAUUUUAAAAGUAAAAAAGUGUAAACAUUAUACAUUUUGUAUAUGACUGUAUACUGCAUUUUUUCAUGAGUUAUUUUUACAAUCACUUCAAAAAAAAAUCCCAUUUAUAUCAUGUUUGUUCAAUCUGAUUUAAAUAAAGAUCCUAUGUAUGUUUUACUUACAAGAAUCUGGCAAUAUCUCAUUUGACUUUCUGUUCUAGUAAUUAUAACAUCAGCUGAAUCAUUUUAAGAUCUUUGUAAGCCAUGCUUGGAUACAGGAUUUGAUUUUUUAACAGAUUUUUCACGACUGAUUGAUCUAUUGACAUCAAUCUUUUUUGUUAUCUAAGAUUAAGAUAGAAUUUUUAAAAAGUGAAAAGGACUUAUUCAUUUGUUCUUUUACAGUUAAAGGCAUGUCUUUGUUAAAAACUUUUUUUUUUUAAUUUUAAACUUUAUAGAAUAUUAUAGUUUGAUAUACACACUUUUAUGCAUCUUUCAUAAUCUGAGGACAUUUUGUGCAAUAAAUCUUCCUUUUUUAUUACCAAAAGGUAUUAUAUUCAUACAUUUAGUACUGCUAUUUUCAUUAAAAUUAGACUGUGUGUACCCAUAAGUGAAAACAUAUCUUGUUACAAAGUUUAAGUUGAACAUCUCAUUCUGAUUGUGUGUAGCAGGGAAAUUAAGUGUGAUUUGAAGAA